AGUAGGUGGCGGUGUUGCGCCAAAUAGCGCGGUUCCCAACCGACAUUAAAAUAAAUAAAGAAAUAAAAUAAAAAUAAACUACUGCAAGUGAACGGCGAGGGCUCAGAAAAUCCAAGCGUCCAAUUCUUCCAACUUAUAUCUCAUUGUGAUGUGAAUGGCUCAGGAACUGCUCGUUAUUAAACACUAUUCCCAGUUCAGCAGAGCCUGAACGGCACCCAAACAGCUGAAGUCAAUGAGGGAUUUACGAAAUGAUUAUUCCUUAAAGAUGGGGCCGUACCCACUUUAUUUGGACCAUUUUGCGCCUCUGGAUCACAACCUCCAGUGUACUGCUGUAGGCCUCUGUUAACCGGCUAACUCACAUUAUUGCCAAACUACCUACAAACCUACCACUGAGAAACAUUCUGUUCUCAUCGUGCUUGUGAUGGUGGUUCGGGUUGAUCUUCCGACGUAUCAGACUCGGGGCUCAAAUUGAUGAGCAAGUGACUCCAUCAUGGAGGAGAUUGUGAGCCCUGAGCUAGCUCAAAGUCCUGAGCCUGAGUCCAGCCAGGAUUUGGAUUCCAGUUCACAAGCUCCAGUUGUCGUGGCAGGGGAGGAAAGGGACCGUAAGGGUGACAAAGGCCAAAGUGAUGCCGCUCGUAAAGAACUAGAGGACGUAGAGAAAUCGGCCAAGAACUCUGGCGAGUUUAAGAAGACUUGGCGCUUCCGCAGGACCACUAUUGAAAAAAGAGACAUGACUGGAGAGACGGCAGGUAUAACAGAGAGUCCUGGAGCACCGGUCCGACGAAGCGGCAGGCAGGCCAAGCGCACUGAUAAGCUUGAGGAGUUCCUGGUGACAGUCAAGCGAGGGAGAGGAACAGGGAGACGUAGCACGCCCGCUCACCUGGAAAGUGGAGAUCCACCGUCUGAGACCGCAUCAGAGGCCAGCUUUGAUGGAAACACCGAGCCUAAAGUGACUGAAAGCAAAGCGCCAUCCCCAGUGAGGAGGACCAGAGGGAGGGGCAGGGGAAGGGCGACCCCCAAGCCCAAAGCGGACAUGGCUGACUCGGCCAGUGACGACGAUAGUUCCGAAAACGAAGAGAGCGCCACGAAAGAGACACAAGAGCAGCUUGAGAUCGCGACUGGUGCAGAGGAUGCCAAGUCGGAGGACGCAAAGGAAGAACUGAAACAAGAAGAAUUUGAGAAACCAGCUGAAGAGACAAGCAAGGAGGAAGUGCCUGCCAACGCAAGGCCUUCAAGAAGCCCUUUGAAAACAGGCCCCAAAAGAGAAGCUAAGCCUAAAGCAGGGGGAUGCACAGAGAAGGAUGAGGAUGAAGAGGAGGAUGAUGAGUCGUUGUCAUCAUCCAGCGAGUCUGAUAAUGACGGUUAUGAUCCAAAUGCACUUUACUGCAUCUGCAGACAGAAACACAACAAAAGCAUGCAGUGUGUGCUCAGGUUCAUGAUCUGCUGUGACCGCUGUGAGGAGUGGUUCCACGGGGACUGUGUGGGCAUUACGGAGGCACGCGGCCGCCUAAUGGAGCGCAACAGUGAGGACUAUGUGUGCCCCAACUGCACCUGCAGGAAAGCCCAGGGCGCCAAGCCUUCCACAUCUACAGCAGGUGCCGAAACUGGCAAACGGCCUGUUACUCCCACUACCGCUCGCAAGUCAGAGCCCAGUCCAGCUCUUUUUAGCCAAGCCAAUGUACAGACACCUACAUCUGCUAGCGGUCUGCCUCCAGCUGCUUUUCCUGCUACUGCAGAAGAGAAGACCGGGGAAGAAUUCGGCAUCAAGGGCAGGAUUGAGAAAGCUACUAACCCAAGCGGCAAAAAGAAAAUAAAGAUUUUCCAGCCGCAGGUGAUGGCGACUGCAGAGGAAUCCUCUCUCCCUAAAUGCAUUGGUCCUGGCUGUGAGAGGGACGCUCUUCCCGACUCGGUCUACUGUGGUAAUGACUGCAUCCUGAAGCAUGCUGCUGCUGCCAUGAAGACCAUCACUACUGACAGCAAGGAGACUAAACCCAAGGAGAAGCCCAAGCCGAAAAUCCUGAAAAAGCCUGCAGUCAUAUCUACAGUCAAGAGUUCGGGUCCCGAGCGAAGGAGCAGCAGGAGGUCCACCGACUCAUCCAGCAAAGCUCAAGAGGAGGCCUUGGAGUCAGAAGGCCGCGAAGAUGAAGAUGAGGAGGAUGAAGAAGACAGAGUUGCAGAGGAGCAUCCGCCACCCCCAGCCAUGUCGUCCUGGUCCAGCGACCAUAAUUACAUUGCAGUAGCGCCAGAAAAGACUACAGCAAUAUCACCAACUGUGUUAAACAAAGCGUCAGCUGCUCAGAAGGAUGAAGAGGAAAAAACAGAACAAACUGAACCAGAAAAGAAAGAGCCAGCUCCUAUUGAGAAGAAACCUCCUCCUGCAGCAACUAUGUCUCCUAAAGGAGGCAAAAGGUCCCCAGGCCUGAAGAUGGCCAAGCCUGCUCCAGUCUCAACGUCCAAAGGCAAAACAAGCACUACGUCCUCAAGUAGUGCAAAAGACUUGAAAAAACAGUCUCUAUCCCAAGUGGUCAAAUUGAAAAAAACAGGACCACCACCUCCUCCUCCCAUUCCAGUCUUCUCUUCUUCUGGUCCUCCUGGAUCAUCACGGCUGCAUCCCACUGGAGCUCUGAGUGUUGGCAAGAGCACCUUUACCAUCCCCAAAAAGCAGCCACAGUCUGGGGUGAAGGAAUCUCUUAGUUCUGGUUCCUCUCUGGCCUCCAGGAUGCCUUCUGGAUCCAUGCCCACUAACUCCCAGAGCCAGCCACCGGCAUCCAAGCCAGUGCUACCAGCAGCACCUCUCCCUCCACAAACACCUCCAAACAACCAGAUGAGGUCCAACAUUCGUCGUUCGCUCACUGACAUUCUGUACAAGAGGGUGAGCGACAGUGAUGAUCUUUCCAUGUCUGAGAGCGAGGUGGGCAAACUGGCUGUUAGCAUUGAGAAAGAAAUGUUCAAUCUGUACAUGAACACAGACAGCAAAUACAAGAACAAGUACAGAUCUCUAAUGUUCAAUCUAAAGGAUCCUAAAAAUAAGGGCUUGUUUUAUCGUGUGAUUGGUGGAGAGGUCAGCCCGUUUCGGUUAGUGAGGCUCAGCCCCGAGGAAUUGCUCUCUAAAGAGAUUUCUGAUUGGAGGAAACCUGGUCACUCUGAGUUUCUGGAUGCUAGUGGAAGGACCCAUCCAGGGCAGUCAAAAGCUGGAUCCAAACAGGACGCAGCUCCCCCUGAUGUUGACAUGGAAGAAGCUCCUUCCAUGUCUGAUGGAGAUGUAUGUAUCUCUGCUACUUCCCAAUCUCCUCGCUUGGCUUCUGGGGCAGAUCAUCAGGAGUCCCACCCGUCUGCCACACCUCAGAGUUCUGCUUCAGCAGGAAAAAGCAGUGCUGUCCCAGACAUCUUGAGCAACAUGCUGAAAGACACCACGGCAGAACACAGGGCUCACCUGUUUGACCUUAACUGCAAGAUCUGCACAGGUCAGAAGUCAGCUGAUGAUGAGCCAGCAGCUAAAAAGCCCAAAAUGUCAGCUCCUAAAAGACAAGACCCUCCCGAAAAACCCAAAACAGAGCAGCGAGCCUCCAAGUUGCCGGCAGACCAACCUAACGUCUCUUACUCUGCCAGUGACGUGUCUGUGCCUCAUCAGCCAAGUAGCACAGACGACCAGAGCAGCAUAGUGCCUGUUGUACAAGCCCCUAUGGUCACGCCGGCAGUUUCUUCCGUCACUAUAAGCCGCCGUGACCCUCGUACUGCCAGCCACCGCUCCUCUGCACCCCUCACUCAGACAGAACCUGAUGUCAGUAUGCCUGUUGGCGUACCAGUCAGUGUGCCUGUUGCCACCCCUACACCCUCUGAAGCUCCUGUGGUGGACGUGAAGGGGCCGUUGCCUAUGCCGCCUCCAGCUCCAGUAUCUCUGCCCAAACCUGUGAUGCCAAAACAAGUCACUUCAACAGAAUCACGGAACUACGGGACCAGCGCAUCCAGCAUUACUGAGCCGCCUCCUGAAGGCGAAACAGCUCUGUUCCUGUCAGGACAGGAGAUUAUGUGGAAAGGAUUUGUCAACAUGCACGCUGUUGCCAAGUUCGUCACAAAGGCCUACCUGGUCUCAGGAUCCUUUGAGCAUCUCAAGGAGGACUUACCCGAUACCAUUCACAUUGGUGGCAGAAUAUCACCACACACAGUUUGGGACUAUGUUGGUAAACUGAAGACUUCACUGUCGAAAGAGCUUUGUCUUAUUCGUUUCCAUCCAGCAACAGAAGAGGAGGAAGUUGCAUACGUGUCCCUGUUUUCUUAUUUCAGCAGCCGCAAGCGGUUUGGCGUAGUGGCCAACAGCAACAAACGCAUCAAAGACCUUUACCUCAUUCCACUGAGCUCCAAGGACCCUCUGCCUGCUAAACUCUUACCUUUCGAUGGACCAGGUCUUGAGCCAGCUCGUCCGAAUCUCUUGCUUGGGCUGUUAAUUUGUCAGAAAGACAAGAAACGUGCUGGAGCCCCUCUGGAAAGUGAGGAAAAACGUUCUAAAACCCAGAGAGAUGAGGAGACUGGCCUCCCAAAACCAAUCGUUGUUAGCAAAACUGACAAAGCCAUGCGGCUCAAUCAGGAGCCUAUAAGCACAACUCCUCCUGGAACUCCGCCCCCUCUCAGCAGUUCAGAGUCAUCAGUUGGUCCGUUUACAUCGUCAGUGUUUUCCAUCUUGUCCUCCAUCAAGGCACCUGGUGUCUCCACAAGUGCAGGCAGUAAUUCCCCAUCAAUUACGGCCACCCCAGCUGUUCUUGCCACAUCUGCCACUCCACUUCAAACCAUCCUGAAGACUUUGUUUGGUAAGAAGAAGGAUUCUGAUGCUUCUCAGUCCCCUUCAGAUCGAAGUUCAACAGAUGUUUCUGUUCCUCUGCUGGAUCCGAUAGUUGAGCAAUUUGGCAUUACAAAAAGUAAACAAGUAGAUGAACAAGAGGAUGAUCGACCAUAUGACCCUGAAGAAGAAUAUGAUCCCAGUGUUUCAUAUGGUAAAGAAAAGCCUAAGGAUCCUGUGGUCUCUAAAAGCAUCACGCAACCCGAGGUCAGAACUGCUAUGGUAGAUGAUGUUGCAUAUGACCCUGAAGAUGACUCUAUUUUUGAUGAGGUUAAAGGUGAUCCAGGUUCCAGGAAGCAACUAGAGGAACAGGACCAGCAAAUACCUGAUGCUAAAUCUCUCUUAGCCAACAGCCAGUUGCUUCAACUUGGUAAAAAGGUGGAGCAGAUGGUUGCAAAAAGCACAACUAUCGUCCCAGUUAUAAAUCAGAGAAGGGAUCCCAGGCAGAGUAGGGAUCCUAGGCAGGUAGCUGCCAGUCAGAGGCUAAACUCGGAUGACUCUGUAGAGAAGGAAGAGGCUCCUGCUGUUACGUCUACUAUUACUACUACUUUAAGUAACACUGAUGCUACAGCUGCUCCUACUACAAUAACAGACAAUCCACCCGUUGACAUUGCUGCAAUACUAGACACAUUAACAUCACAACAGCCUAAAGUCAUAGAUACUCCAUUAUCGGAUUCCUUAAAUGUAGAACCAACAGAAUCUUGUGCAACCACAGAUGUGCCGCCAUCACAAGAUGACACGAACGUUGACAGUCAGCUGUUGCAUCCAACUGAUCCUGAGUUAGAGUCAUCAAAGUCUGAAGAGGAAACAAAGAGUGAAGAGGUGCCUUUCCUAGAUGCAGAUAGCACAGAAAUUCCACUUUUAGGGGAAAAAAUAGACCCUGAUCUUGUAGAAAGUUACCUGGACACAGAGCCUAAAGAAAGUCCCAAAGAAAAUGAUGUUCUGUUUGAAUCAGAAAACAAGAGUUUUGAGGAAAUUUGGCCUAAUUCUGCCACCAUUUUAAAAAAAGAGCCAAUCUCUUCUGUUGGAGAGUCUACAGAAUCUUCUACAACGACAUAUUACAACAUCACAACAAUUAGUACACCAAUAUCUUCUAUGGGGAGGCCACAAGAUGUGACGCAAGUUAGUUCAUCUUAUAUAGAUUCACAUAGCUCUCAUAUGCCACACAUGACUGGACCAAACUCUCAAACAGAUUAUCGAGGCCCCUCAGACAUUCCACCUCCAAUGUCUUUCCCUCUGCCGGUUGGGCCUCCACCUGCUCUUGGUCCACCACCAAUGACUGUUCCACCCCCCAUCAUUAUUCCACCUCCAAUGUCAGGGCCACCUCCCAUUUCAGGACCACCUCCAAUGCAGAUGCCCCCACCAAUACAAGGCCCACCUCAUGGGGAAAAUGACCUGUCACAAUAUCCACCACCUGGCCCAUAUACACCUUACCAGAAUCAGUGGGGAAGCAGUCCACAGUUUGAUGCUUCAAGAGGACCACUUCCUCCAAUGGUUACACCCAGAGGGCCCCCACCUUCAGUCCCACCAUUGGGUCAAAGAGGACCUCCACCUCAAAUAUUUAAUAACAACAUGCCCCCACAUCAUAUAGGACCUCGAGGGCCACCUCCUGGUCCUCUGCCACCUGGCCCACUACCCCCUCCUUUUGAUGGACAAAGAUUCAAUGGGCCUCCUCCACCUUUCAACUUUCCUGGACCCAGAGGCCCACUACCACCAUUUGCAGGCCCUCCCCCUGGUCAUUUUGACAGCAGGGCACCACCACCAUCCCACUUCCCUGGGCCAAGAGGUCCACAUCCCCCUCACAACAUUGGGGAACCUGGACCACUGUCUAACAUCCCAAGAAUCCCUGCUGACAAUGAUGGUGGAAGUUCUUAUCAGUCAGGGAUUGAGCAACCCCAGGUACAAACAGCCUCACACAAUUACAGAGACAAUCAGGGACCCUCACAUGGACCUCCCUUUAGGGGACCUCCACCAAACCACUUUGAUGGACGAAGAGGCCCACCUGGUUCUGCAGGAGAUAUUCCAGGGCACCGAUUUCCUCAUCCAACCCAAUUUCGUGGUUCACCUCAGGAUCGAGUACCCUUUGAAGAACCGAGAGGAGGGUCAUCCCAAGAUUUGGAAAGACACAGGGGUCCUGCCCCUCAGCAUUUCGGAGGGCCAAGAGCUCCACUGCCAGGACACUACUCUGAUAAUGAUUCUGGAGGUCAGACAGCACGUUACCAGCUCAAUGACCAUUUAAAUGACAUAAGACCUGUAAGGGGGCCUCUGUUGCCUACUCCUUCUGAAGGUCCCAUCCCAGUACCAGGCCGCAUGGGCGGGCAUAGCCCAGAGUCCCAUCGUGAGGACCACUGGAGAAGACACUCCCCUGAAAUAAGAAGACGCAGCAGCUCAACUAGAGAUGGUGCUGAACCUCAGGAAAGAACAAGCCGGUUUGACAGUGGCCCCCGUGACCGAGACGGCCCUUCAAGGUUGUCUGAAGAAAGGCAGCGAGAUGUGUCUGAGGACAGGAGGAGAGACCGAGAACGGGAUGGGCUGCAUGGAGGCCGAUCAUGGGGCUGGACCAGAGACCGUGAAUGGGAUCGUGGUAGGGAGAGAGACCGUGAAAGAGAAAGGGAGAGAGAUAGGGAGAGAGACCACAGCAGAGAUAGGGAGAGAGACCACAGCAGAGAUAGAGACAGGGAUCGGGAUCGCAGCAGGGAAAGGGACAGAGAGAGAGACCGCAGCAGAGAGAGAGACCGCAGCAGAGAGAGAGACCGCAGCAGAGAGAGAGACCGCAGCAGAGAGAGAGACCGCAGCAGAGAGAGAGACCGCAGCAGAGAGAGAGACCGCAGUAGAGGUAGAGACACUGACCGGCACCGAGAAGGCGAUGGGGACAAGAGGAGGGAUCGGGAACGGGAUAGAGAUCGUGGCAGGGAGAGAGAAUCUGACAGGAAAGACCAUGAACGAGAAAGAGGAAAGAACAGAGAAAGGGAUAGAGACCGUGAACGAGAUAGAGACCGUGAACGAGAUAGAGACAGUAGAGACAAAAGACGAGAACGCUCAAGGAGCCGUGAACGGGACCGUGCAAGAGAUAGACGAGAUCGGGACAGAGAGCGAGACCGAGAGAGGGACAAGGAUAGGGACAAGGACAGGGAAAAGGACAAGGAUAGGGAGAGGGACAAGGAUAGGGAGAGGGACAAGGAUAGGGAGAGGGACAAGGAUAGGGAGAGGGACAAGGAUAGGGAGAAGGAUAAGGACAGGGAGAAGGACCGGGACAGGGAGAAGGACCGGGAGAAGGACCGAGACAAGAGACAGAGGAGCAGAAGCAAAGACAGGAAGGAGGAGAAAAAAGACAGACCUGAGACCUCAAGAGACACUGAGAAGUCUACUGAUAAUGAAGUCAUGUCCUGAUUGCCCCCACCCCCACAGUGGUCAUGGCAUCCUUCAUAUUUGACAAGCUUUGGUACUUGGAAUUCUUUUCUAAAUGGAUUUGCAUGUAUGUGAAACUAUUAUCCAUGGGUAAUUUAAAGUCCAUUUUGAACAUUUUUCGCAGCUUCCAUGACAUUUUGUGCUUUUGGUUACAUUCAAGGACACUGAGCUUGUGAAAUUCCUUUAAAGAUCUUAUUAGAGGGAUAAUGUCAUACCAUGCUACCCAUCAUCUGGUAAAAUAUAUUUUAAAAGUACAUAAAAAAAAAGACAUGUAAAUUUGUACUUGUGUAUAUACAUGUAUGUUUUUAACUGUUUUUUCUAGUAGAUAAGUGAAGCCAUAUAGCUUAAAAGAAAUUAAUGUAAGAGGGAUAAACUGUGCCCUUGAUGAACAAGGUCUUUGUAUGGUAAAACUUGUUUAGCACUCAAUAGAUAUGCCCACAGGCUAUCGUCAGUCAGAUGUUCUGUAAGCUUUAUCAGGUUUUGUUUAUUAAACCCCUCUUUGUAUGA